CCCCUUCCCAACGCAUCUUCCUGCGCGCGCCGACGUGCGUGCUCUGCCCGCAAGGUCUCACGCGGAUUGGCUGGCGCCUCAGGGACAGAUUUGAAACUUGGCGGUUAAAGCUCCGGCUGGGACAGGGAGGCGGGAGACCGGGGAAAGGACGUUUAGUUUGAGACGGUGUUGCGGUAGGAUCAUGAAAGAAGAGGUGAAAGGAAUUCCUGUAAGAGUGGCACUGCGAUGUCGCCCUCUGGUCCCCAAAGAGAUUAGUGAGGGCUGCCAGAUGUGCCUUUCCUUCGUACCCGGGGAGCCUCAGGUGGUGGUUGGUACUGACAAAUCCUUUACCUAUGAUUUUGUGUUUGACCCCUCUACGGAACAAGAAGAAGUCUUCAAUACAGCAGUAGCACCACUCAUAAAAGGCAUAUUUAAAGGAUACAAUGCAACCGUCCUGGCCUAUGGACAGACUGGCUCCGGAAAAACCUAUUCAAUGGGAGGUGCAUACACUGCAGACCAAGAGAAUGAACCAACAGUUGGGGUCAUUCCUAGGGUAAUACAAUUGCUCUUCAAAGAAAUUGAUAAAAAGAGUGAUAUCGAAUUUACUCUGAAAGUGUCAUACUUGGAGAUUUACAACGAAGAAAUCUUGGAUCUUCUAUGCCCAUCUCGUGAGAAAGCCUCUCAAAUAAAUAUACGAGAGGAUCCUAAAGAAGGCAUAAAGAUUGUUGGACUCACUGAGAAGACUGUUGUAGUUGCUUUGGAUACUGUUUCCUGUUUGGAGCAGGGCAACAACUGUAGGACUGUGGCAUCCACAGCUAUGAACUCCCAGUCAUCCCGAUCUCAUGCCAUCUUUACAAUCUCCAUAGAGCAAAGAAAGAAAAGUGACAAGAAUAGCAGCUUUCGCUCCAAGCUGCAUCUUGUGGACCUUGCUGGAUCAGAAAGACAGAAGAAAACCAAGGCUGAAGGGGAUCGUCUGAAAGAGGGUAUUAAUAUUAACCGAGGCCUCCUGUGCUUGGGAAAUGUAAUCAGUGCUCUUGGAGAUGACAAAAAGGGUGGCUUUGUGCCCUACAGAGAUUCCAAGUUGACUCGACUGCUUCAAGAUUCUCUAGGAGGUAAUAGCCAUACUCUUAUGAUAGCCUGUGUGAGUCCUGCUGAUUCCAAUCUAGAAGAAACAUUAAAUACCCUUCGCUAUGCUGACAGAGCAAGAAAAAUCAAGAACAAACCUGUUGUUAAUAUUGAUCCCCAGACAGCUGAACUUAAUCAUCUGAAGCAACAGGUACAACAGCUACAGGUUUUGUUGCUACAAGCCCAUGGAGGUACCCUGCCUGGAUCUAUAAAUGUGGAACCAUCAGAAAGUCUACAGUCCCUGAUGGAGAAGAAUCAGUCCCUGGUAGAGGAGAAUGAAAAAUUAAGUCGUGGUCUGAGCGAAGCAGCUGGUCAGACAGCCCAGAUGUUAGAGAGGAUCAUUUUGACAGAACAAGCAAAUGAAAAGAUGAACGCCAAGCUAGAGGAACUCAGGCAACAUGCUGCCCUCAAAGUGGAUCUUCAAAAGUUAGUGGAAACUUUGGAAGACCAGGAAUUAAAAGAAAAUGUAGAGAUAAUUCGUAACCUGCAGCAAGUGAUUACCCAGCUAUCGGAUGAAACUGUUGCUUGCAUGGCUGCAGCCAUUGAUACUGCAGUGGAACCAGAAGCUCAAGUAGAAACCAGUCCAGAGACCAGUAGGUCUUCUGAUGCUUUCACUACUCAGCAUGCUCUACGUCAAGCUCAGAUGUCUAAGGAGCUGGUUGAGUUGAAUAAAGCCCUUGCACUGAAAGAGGCACUAGCCAGAAAGAUGACUCAGAACGACAGCCAACUACAGCCCAUUCAUUUCCAGUACCAGGAUAACAUAAAAAAUCUAGAAUUGGAAGUCAUCAAUCUGCAAAAGGAAAAAGAAGAAUUGGUUUUUGAACUUCAGACAACGAAGAAGGAUGUCAACCAAGCCAAGUUGAGUGAGCGCCGCCGUAAACGUCUCCAGGAGCUAGAGGGUCAAAUGGCUGAUCUGAAGAAGAAGCUGAAUGAACAGUCCAAACUUCUGAAGCUGAAAGAGUCCACAGAGCAUACCGUUUCCAAAUUGAACCAGGAAAUACGGGUGAUGAAAAGCCAGCGGGUACAGUUAAUGCGUCAGAUGAAAGAGGAUGCUGAGAAGUUUAGACAGUGGAAACAACAAAAAGACAAAGAAGUUAUCCAGUUAAAAGAAAGGGACCGUAAAAGGCAAUAUGAACUGCUCAAACUUGAAAGAAACUUCCAGAAACAGUCUAAUGUGCUCAGACGUAAAACUGAGGAGGCAGCAGCUGCCAACAAGCGUCUCAAAGAUGCUCUGCAAAAGCAACAGGAGGUUGCAGAUAAGCGGAAGGAGACUCAGAGCCGUGGAAUGGAAGGCACGGCAGCUCGAGUGAAGAAUUGGCUUGCAAAUGAAAUUGAGGUUAUGGUCAGUACUGAGGAAGCCAAACGCCAUCUGAAUGACCUUCUUGAAGAUAGAAAGAUCCUGGCUCAGGAUGUGGCUCAACUCAAAGAGAAAAAGGAAUCUGGGGAGAAUCCACCUCCUAAACUCCGGAGGCGCACGUUUUCACUUGCUGAACUACGUGGUCAAGUUUCUGAGUCAGAAGAUUCCAUUACAAAGCAGAUUGAGAGCCUAGAAACUGAAAUGGAGCUCAGGAGUGCCCAGAUUGCUGAUCUACAGCAGAAGUUGCUGGAUGCAGAAAGUGAAGACAGGCCAAAACACCGCUGGGAGAGUAUUGCUACCAUUCUGGAAGCCAAGUGUGCCCUGAAAUAUUUAAUUGGAGAGCUGGUCUCCUCCAAAAUACAGGUCAGCAAGCUUGAAAGCAGCCUGAAACAGAACAAGGCCAGCUGUGCCGACAUGCAGAAGAUGCUGUUUGAGGAGCGAAAUCAUUUUGCUGAAAUUGAGACAGAGUUACAGGCAGAGCUGGUCAGAGUAGAACAGCAGCAUCAAGAGAAGGUGCUAUACCUUCUCAGCCAGCUGCAGCAAAGCCAAAUGGCAGAGAAGCAGCUAGAGGAGUCAGUGAAUGAGAAGGAGCAACAGCUGCUGAGCACACUGAAGUGUCAGGAUGAAGAACUCGAGAAGAUGCGAGAAGUGUGUGAGCAAAAUCAGCAGCUUCUCCAAGAGAAUGAAAUCAUCAAGCAGAAACUGACCCUCCUCCAAGUAGCCAGCAGACAGAAACCUCAUCUUCCUAAGGAUACCCUUCUAUCUCCAGACUCUUCUUUUGAAUAUAUCCCACCUAAGCCAAAACCUUCCCGUUUUAAAGAAAAGUUCCUGGAGCAAAGCAUGGACAUCGAGGAUCUAAAAUAUUAUUCAGAGCAUUCUGUGAAUGAGCCUGACGACAGUGCUGGUGAUGAUGAUGAUGGGGCUGAUGAGGAAUGGAAGCCAACAAAAUUGGUUAAGGUGUCCAAGAAGAACAUCCAAGGGUGCUCCUGCAAGGGCUGGUGUGGGAACAAGCAGUGUGGGUGCAGGAGACAAAAAUCAGACUGUGGCAUGGACUGCAGCUGUGACUCCACAAAGUGUAGGAACCGGCAGCAAGACAAGGAUAGCUUGAGCACUGUUGAGAGGACCCAGGAUUCCGAAGGCUCUUUCAAACUAGAGGAUCCCACAGAGGUUACCCCAGGAUUGAGCUUCUUUAACCCUGUCUGUGCUACUCCUAACAGCAAGAUCCUGAAAGAGAUGUGUGAUGUGGAGCAGGUGCUGUUAAAGAAGACAACUCCAGCUGCCUCCUCCUUUGGCCUCCUAGAAUUGAAACAUGUAGCAACAGAGUCCCAAGAAAAUAAAGCUCCAGGGAAGAAAAAGAAACGAGCUCUAGCCAGCAAUACCAGCUUCUUCUCGGGCUGCUCCCCUAUUGAAGAAGAAGCCUAUUGAAGUUGGACUUGUUAUCUCUGCCCCAGUCUGGCUUGGGAGAUGCUUUCAGGUUGCAGCCAGAAGGAGUUUGUUUUUAAUGACUCCUCUGGAUUUCAGGGUUCUUGCUAUUGAAAAAAAGGGACAACAUGUUACCAAAAGGGAGGAAAUCUUUGUUGCAUGUUGGCCCCUACUUUCCAGCCUCCAAGCCACAGACUAUUGCUAUCUCUUCUCCAGAAAGUUGCUAAGCCACCUGCUGAAGAAAGAACCAACUGACCUUCUUGAUGACUCAUCAAGAACCAGUCCUCAGUAAAAUCUAGCUCUUUCUUAGUUGUGAGCAGGUAAGGCUGCCCACCUCCUCCCCACUGGGGAUGAGGCUGAGGCUGUCUUAUCUCUAGGUUGUCUCAGCUUAAUGGCAGAAGUUAGCCAAGGCUGGUGGCCUGGCACCAAUCUUUCAUCCCACAUCAGGAAUGGUGGUGAUACUGGGAUAUUUCCUGCUCUGACCAUCUCCAGAUUUUAAGUGUUUUAAUAGUGCCCUCAAUUGUCUUCCAUGUUGCUGAGGUAAAUGAAGUCUUUUAAAAUGUUAAUAUUAAGUAAAUAAAUAAAUCUUAGUCUAA